UUGCGGGAAUUCUACUUGUUGCUUGGAAGCACGAGCCAUAGUCGGCGUUUUUCUGAGAAGGUUUUAAGAAGUUUAAACGGAUUGUUGCACGAGAAGAAAAUGGCCAACUAUCACAAGCCGGAAUCAAAAACCAUCCAGGAAUUGAAGGAUAUCGCGACGAAGCUGCGAAUUCAUUCAAUCGAUGCCACGCAAGCCAGCAAAUCCGGUCAUCCAACAUCAUGUUCCUCGAUGGCAGAAAUUAUGUCCGUGUUGUUUUUCCAUACAAUGCGUUACAAAGUAUCGGCACCGCGCGAUCCGAGCAGCGACAGAUUUGUUCUGAGCAAAGGUCAUGCAGCACCUAUUCUUUAUGCAGCAUGGGCACAGGCAGGUCUUUUCCCAACCAGUGAAUUGCUGAAUUUGAGGAAAAUUGAUAGCGAUUUGGAAGGUCAUCCUACUCCACGACUUAACUUUGUUGAUGUGGGAACUGGUUCCCUUGGACAAGGUCUCUCUGUUGCAGCAGGCAUGGCCUAUGUUGGAAAAAAUUUCGACAAGGCUAAUUAUCGCGUGUACUGUCUAAUUGGUGAUGGAGAAGCAGCAGAAGGUUCCAUUUGGGAAGCACUUCAUUUUUCGUCUUACUACAAAUUAGACAAUCUCUGUGCGAUCUUCGACAUAAAUCGCCUGGGUCAAAGCGAGCCCACGUCUCUUCAACACAACAUGGAAGUUUACCGUAAAAGACUCGAAGCUUUUGGUUUUAACGCUUUGGUUGUCGAUGGUCACGAUGUCGAAGAAUUGGCUAAGGCCUUCCACGAAGCACAAAAUACGAAAGGACGCCCAACUGCUAUUCUAGCAAAAACCUUUAAGGGCAAGCACUUCCCCAAUAUCGAAGAUCUAGAAAACUGGCAUGGGAAACCUCUUGGCAACAAAGCCAAUGAAGUAAUUCAGCACUUAACCGGAAUGUUGAAAAACCCUGGCCCCCUUGGGUUGCACCCCCAGAAACCACUGGUUGACGAUGCUCCACUCGUAGACAUCAGCAAUAUUAAGCUAGCAUCUCCUCCAAGUUAUAAACUGGGAGAACAAGUAGCUUCAAGAUUGGCUUAUGGCACUGCUCUAGCUAAGCUGGCCAAAAAUAAUCCUCGCGUAAUCGCUCUGGACGGUGACACGAAAAACUCUACGUUCGCGGAAAAAAUUAAGACCGUCGAUCCAGCCCGAUUCAUCGAAGGUUUUAUCGCUGAACAAAACGUUGUAGGAGUUGCGAUAGGUGCAGCCUGCAGAGACAGAACCGUUGCGUUCGUGUCUGCCUUUGCAACCUUCUUCACACGCGCCUUUGAUCAGAUCCGUAUGGGUGCUAUUUCACAAACCAAUGUUAACUUUGUUGGUUCCCAUUGUGGUGUUUCAAUCGGAGAAGAUGGUCCAUCACAGAUGGGUUUGGAGGAUAUAGCUAUGUUCCGUACGGUACCUGGUUCCACCGUCUUCUACCCGAGCGAUGCUGUUUCAACAGAACGUGCCAUUGAACUAGCAGCUAAUACGAAAGGCAUAUGUUUCGUACGUACUUCCCGCCCUGCUACCGCGGUUCUAUAUAAAAAUGACGAACCAUUCGCCGUUGGCAAGGGUAAGGUGGUUAAAUCUUCCCCAAAAGAUCGAGUACUCGUUGUCGGAGCUGGUGUAACUCUACACGAGGCACUCAAAGCUGCUGACGAAUUGUCUAAAGCUGGAAUAAACGUUCGAGUAAUCGAUCCGUUCACAAUUAAACCACUCGAUGCUCAAUUGAUUCUAAAGAACGCCAAAGAGGUUGGUGGUAAGGUCAUUACGGUCGAAGAUCAUUACGCGGAAGGUGGUUUAGGCGAUGCAGUUUUGUCGGUAGUUGCUUUGGAAAAGAAUGUUGUAGUUAAAAAGCUGGCCGUUACGGAAGUUCCUCGUUCUGGACCAUCAAACGUAUUGUUGGAGAAAUAUGGAAUUAGUGCGAACAAAAUCGUCGCUGCCGUUCAAGAAGUUUUAAAGUUGUAAACUUUAACAAUUAUACAGAAUCAUCGACGCUAUCGCGUCAAAAAAGGAGAUACGCAGAACAUACUGCCACAUAAAAAAUUUAUACGAACCCGCAUUGUAUUUGUAAAAUGCAAGUAUAAGGAAAAUUAGUGCAUUCCAUCUUGUUUUUAUACAUUUAAUAUAUGCAUGAAGAUAAAAAAUUUGGUUUGUAUUAAUGUAUAACAGAAUAAGGGUGCUACACGAAGAAAAAUUCCUCUUUGUAUGUAUACAUAUAUGUUGUACAGAAAAACAUUGAACCUCAAAACUGUAUUGAAGUUUUAUACAUGAAAAUUUUAUUUUAUACGAAAAUUUGAUACAUGUAAUAUUUAUGGAUUACAGAAACUUUAUUACCCCUACAAAAGUGCAGCGGUGAUUUUUGAACUGUUUCUAUGGUGAAACCAAUGUUACGAAUAAAUAGAUGUAUUUGCAGAAAAA